UGUUGUUUGUACAAAAGGGUGGGGCUGGGUGAGUGCAGCAGCAAUUUGUGUUAGAAUGAAGAAACCUGAGCUGAUCAUAGCCGUAUGCUGUCUGAUACAAGGAGCAAGAGCUCAAAAAACACUGAACGACGUUCUUGCUGAUGAAGUAGGAUUGAUAAUACUAGUACUAGCUGGUGUAGUAGUUUUUCUCAUUUGCUGUACAUGGCUGCUAUUCACUAUAUGCAUGUGUGACAUAGCAGUGGCUGCACGCAAAGCAAGGCAAAGAGAUAGAGAACUGGAAGAGUUUUAUGCACCCACACCACUUCCACCACGAAGCAGCCAGAGACAAAUGGAGAGUGUAGACUUUCACAAUGCAGCUGGAUUCAUUCACUCGCAGUACAGGAUUGAGGAACAAAUAAGAAGAGAGAACCAGCAGAGACAAGGAGAUGAAAGACAAUGGAAUCCUGCUCCUCCAGAAACGCAGCAAAGAAUAUUAAGCACAUUUCAAAGUUUGACAGUAUCAAAUGAGCCGAAGCCAUCUAUGCCAAAACCAGGAGGAAGAAGCAGGAUAGCAGGCUUGCACUAUGCUUCUGAGGAGAGUGGAGAGGAUGACAAUGAUUCCGAUGAUACCAUAAACUCUAAUAACAUUAUAGAUAUAAUGAACAUGCCUACCAUACAGAAUCACAAUGAUUCCGAUGAUACCAUAGACUCUGAUAACAUUAUAGAUAUAAUGAACAUGCCUACCAUAAGGAAUCAGUACUAAUUAAAGUAGUCUUUUCCCACCAUUAUUAUUAUUAUUAUUAUUAAUUAUGUGAUAUACUUCAUAGUUACACCAUUGUUGUCUAAAACUGUGCAAACAAUGUUAACAUUAAUACAUCAACUUGUUUACAAGGAAAUUCUUUUAUAAUAACAAUAAUCAAUAAUGAGCAUUAUAAGGCAAGCGGAACAAA